GUCUGCAACCACGUGCCAAGACCAGAAGAGCGAGCCAAUCAUAGCACAGGAGCCGAACUUUACUUGAAUACGGGUGGAAAGAAAUAACGCAGCGACAGUUGCGCGACUUUUCCCUGGUAUUUGAGGUAAUUGCUGUCCAGCCUAAUGGAGCAUGUCCAAGGGACCUGGAAAACCCUGAGUAAUGGGUUUGGAUUCAGAGACUCAGUGUUUGAGGAUAGCUGCAAGUCUCCUCCUAAAACCAAAAGCUUUCCUUAUCGCAGACGCUCAUCGGAUGAUGAAAAAUUCACAAAUCUCUCCAAAGUGAACACGAUCCGCGUUUUUCUGCCAAAUCAGCAGCGCACUGUGGUGAAUGUACGACCAGGCAUGACCCUGCACAGCUGCCUCAUCAAGGCCCUUAAAGUUCGAGGUCUCCAGCCUGAGUGCUGUGCUGUGUUCAGGCUUCAUCCUGCCCUGCCGAGAAGCAAAAAAUCUCGUGUGGACUGGAACACUGAUUCUACCUCUCUGAUCGGGGAAGAGCUGCUGGUGGAAGUCUUAGAUCACGUACCACUAACAACGCACAAUUUUGUACGAAAGACGUUUCUGAAGCUGGCCUUCUGUGACAUUUGUCAGAAGUUUCUUUUACAUGGCUUCCGAUGUCAGACGUGUGGAUACAAAUUCCAUGAGCACUGCAGCACCAAAGUCCCCACCAUGUGUGUUGACUGGAGCAACAUUCGACAGCUCCUUUUGUUUCCCACACCCGGAGAAAGUGGAGCACCAUCACUUCCACCUCUCUCAUCUCGGAGGAUGCGAGACUCUUUAUCCCGACUUCCUGCCAGCGCUUAUCACAGACACUCAACACCUCAUGCCUUUAACUACAUUGCACCCUUGCCACCCUCCAGCGGUUCUCUCUCCCAGAAACAGCGCUCCACGUCCACACCCAACGUCCACAUGGUCAGCAGCCAGCCUGCGGGUGGUGCUUCAUCUGAGGAUGCCAGGAUGGACUCGGGAAGACCUCCUAAUCUCAGUCCCACAGGAUGGGCUCAGGCUAAACCACCAGGCCUUGUUCACAGAGAAAAGGCUUCAUCUAAUACUCAGGAGAAAAACCGAAUACGGCCCAGGGAGAAGCGAGACUCAUGCUACUACUGGGAGAUCAAUGCCAGCGAGGUGGUUCUGCACUCCUGUAUUGGAUCAGGGACAUUUGGGACAGUUUACAAGGGGAAAUGGCACGGAGAUGUUGCUGUGAAGAUUUUAAAGGUCAAAGAUCCUACACCAGAGCAGUUUCAGGCCUUUCGCAAUGAGGUGGCAGUUUUAAGAAAGACUCGGCACGUCAAUAUCUUGCUGUUUAUGGGCUACAUGACCAAAGAUAACCUGGCCAUUGUGACCCAGUGGUGUGACGGAAGCAGCCUCUAUAAACACCUGCAUGUCCAGGACACCAAACUGAGGCUGUUCCAGCUGAUUGACAUCGCCAGGCAGAUCGCUCAAGGCAUAGACUAUUUGCAUGCAAAGAACAUCAUCCACCGGGACAUGAAGUCACAAAACAUCUUCCUCCAUGAAGGCUUAACAGUGAAGAUUGGAGACUUUGGUUUGGCCACUGUGAAGACACGGUGGAGCGGCUCGAAUCCAGUAGAGAAGCCUUCCGGAUCCAUUCUUUGGAUGGCUCCUGAGGUGAUCAGGAUGCAGGACAGUAAUCCAUACAGUUUCCAGUCGGACGUUUACUCCUACGGUAUUGUGCUUUAUGAGUUGAUGACCGGUGAGCUUCCAUAUACAAUGAUUGCGAACGGAGACCAGAUCAUUUACAUGGUAGGAAAAGGUUACUUGUCUCCAGACCUAAGCAAGCUGUACAAGAACUGCCCCAAAGCAAUGAAGAGACUCGUCGCUGACUGCAUCAAAAAGUCGAAAGAUGACCGGCCGCUGUUCCCACAAAUUCUGGCCUCAAUAGAGCUGCUGCAACACUCGCUGCCUAAAAUCAACCGCAGCGCUUCCGAGCCGUCGCUUCACAGAGCCGCUCACACGGAAGACAUCAGCAUUUGCACUCUGACCUCCAGCAGACUGCCUGUCUUCUAACAUGGCUGCCUUCUUAUUUAUGCACAGGUUCCUUCUGCUAAACCUGGAGCACAUCAAUCACAUUAACGUAUUUAAAUUAUUUCCCAGAACAAAGCACCAGAGUAGAAGGAGAGCAGAGUUUCUAACGGUUCAGAUGAAGUGAAGAAGAUUGAGUCUUCACAUGUGACUGUGUUCCUUUAAAAGGGCACAUUUUAUUAUUACGCUUUAUUUGUUCUGGUGUGAUGAGGUAUACUACAUAGCAUUAAAUACACCAUUAAUAAACUAUGACUGGGUUUUAGCUGUGGAACUGUAUGUAGCAAAUGCUUUAUCAUAAAUAUUGGGUCAACUAAAAUGAGAUUGCUGCUAUGAGUUGUUACUCUAAACACACCAAAAGGGUAGUGUUUUGUUUAUUUUAUUUUUAAUAAUCACCCAAAAAAGACAAAAAACCCCGAAGCUAUUCAUCUGGAAUGGUUGUCAGAUAUUUUGAAAUCUCUGAUUUUAGCUCUGCCCCUUCUGCAAUUCUCACAGUAAUCUUUCUGCUGGUGCUCUCGUCUCAAAUUAAUUUUCUUGCUCGAAAGAUGCUGCUAGGUGCUGCAUUUUCUAUCAAGAAUGGUUCGAAAUAAAUUCAAAGUAGAUUUCACUACAGCGAACAAGAAUACAGUUUACUAGAUUAAUUUAAAUUUAAAAUAUUGAUCUGAAGUUGUACAAAUUUAGAAAUGCCAAAAUCAGCUUUUGACACAUUGCAAAUUUUGGUUUGGUUUGCUUUCCCAGGUAAAAAAUUCCAUGUACACUUCCUUACCAAAUGCAGCACUUUUUUUUCCUACACCAGGAAGAAAGCAUGCAUGUAACCAUGCAGAACUGCACAUUACACCUCUUGAGGGUUGGCUGAGCUGCAACACUAUACCCAAGCACAGAGUAUUAUCCGAUACUAAAAACCGAUCCGAUAGUAACUUCCUCUCAGGAGCCGAGGCCUGCGGGCGGGAUUUAAGACCUGUCCGUAUCUUUACAUGCACUUGUGUUGGGUUCGUCAAAAUAAUACACCUUCACAGCAUGAUACACAUCAUUCACCUACUAAUCCAGUGUUUCAGGUCUAUAUUGGACCUGAUUUCCAUACAGUAUUGGAUCAUUCUGUUCAUUUUACAAAUCCAUGAAUAAUUUGUCCUUCCUCAUUCAAAAUUCUUCUCUGUUCAUUUUUUAAUGAGAUUUAAAUCUGACCUAGUGAGGGUUUGGUUGUCUAAAGAGCUGAGCUCUUAUAGACUUGUAACUACACACUAAUCAUAGGAGACCUAGUGAAAAGUUUUGCCCCAUCUAACUAAAACUUUUUUUUCUAUUUUCUAGAAGUUGCAGGUCUACAGGUAGUUUUUAUCACUUUAAGGUCUCAUAAAGUUAGACACAUGCUUACAUUUUUUUUAAACCUCUUUGCUGAGUAUCAGUUAUUUCCCAUUUUAACGUGUUGUCUUUUUAGGGUUGUAUAGAAAUUUAGGAAUAAAAAAUGAGAGCAUAUCUAUGAUGAUUACUGAGAAGACCUUUUCCUCUGUAUUUUGACCCGAUAUUCUUUAGCGAGGUCCAACUUGUGCACUUGAAAGACUGUUGCUUUGUAUUUUAAUAAAAGUAAGAUAAAUAUACA